UAAACCCCAUGACUCAUCUUUCGCUUACCUUGCGCUUUUCCAGUGCCGGGGCACGUGGCGCGGCCGGGACAUGCGGUGGGGCAGGGCUGGCCUCAUCCCGGCAGCCGUGCCGGCAAAAAACGGGGAUAUUUUGGUUGCUUUCUCUUUUGUUUUUGGUAAAAGUGGGGCAUGCACUCACGUCUAGGGCUCUGCCCUGCCUGGGAACGGCACACGCUCAGCAGAAGAGGAAACCCCAAGCGCGGGAAGCUGCGCUGAGCACCGGGGCUGCCGCCGCGCCCGAGAGGGGCACCCGGGGGUGCCGGGGGACUGGGGGGCAGCCAGGAAGGGCAGCGGAGCCCGGGUCCGCUGUGGGACAGCCCGGCUGGGCCAUGCUGGGGUGGCUGCUGGCGGCGCUGGCGGCGCUGGCGCAGGGCGGCGCCGUGGCAGCCCGCGACAUCUCCUGCUGGAAGAAAUGCGGCAGCCCCAAGUUUUUCCACUGCUCCUGGCCGCCCCUCGGCCCCGCCGGCAACACCUCCUACGUCCUGAACUUCUGCUCUGAGAAGCGCAGCCAGUGCAGCCGGUUCGAGGUGGGCGCGGUGACCAACUACAGCCCCCGGCAUGGCAAAGUGUUCUUCUUGGAGAACCUCACGGCCUGGGUGGAGGCACGCUGGGGGCACCAGGUCCACAGGACCCCCAACCACACCCUUUACCUCAACAAGGCUGUCAAACUGGAUCCACCUCCUAGUGAGAUGCCCUUCUCCAAGACUGGUGGCCAGCUGAGAGUGCAGGUGCCAAAGCUGCAGUGCCACGGCCUGGAGCAGCCGCCACAGCAUGAGGCUCGCUUCUGGAGGGUGGGAGACAGCAGCUGGACACAGGUGACAUGUGAGACUGUGACGGUGACGGGUGGAGAUGUCUCAGUGACCUGUGCCCUGGGGGUCAAUGGCACCUUCGUGGUCCAGCUCCGGCACAAGUUUCCCGACUGGAGCAGCUACUGGAGUGACUGGAGCAGCAACAUCUCUGUUCCCGAGGAAAUUCUGCGGAGCCCAGUGCUGAGCCAUCAUCUGGGCAAACUGGGGAGAGAUGGGCAGCGGGUGCUGAGGCUGAGUUGGCAGCCAGUCCUCAAGGAGCAGAGGAAUGUCACCUACAAGCUGGACGUCCACAUGUUGGCGUGUGGCUGUGCAGAGUCAGAUGAGGAGGACUCUGUGGAGCUGGGCUGGGAGGAGACAGAGUACAACCUCACCCUCUCCGGGGCGGAAUACGAAAUCCUGCUGACCGCGGCCAACGCCGCGGGGCCGGGGCCGGCGCGGCAGCUCCGUGUGCCGCCAGAGCAGCGAGCGGAUCUCAGCUUCAAAGAGAUCAGCGUGGCAGGAGGCGCCGUGACUGCGCAGUGGGAAGCGCCGGUCCCUGGCGAUGCUUUCUGCUUCGAGCAGCAGACGCUGCCAGGGCCUCCGAAACAGGGAGUCUGCGUCCGGCAGGAAUUCCCUGCCAACAGCAGCCACGUGCAGAGCGGCAAGCCAGCCCCCCAAGCCCCCCGCUGUCCCCCCAGCUGGGGGAAGAGGGUCUAAGCAUCACCCCAAUUCCUCCCCAGGAGCGCUGGGAGCGCCGGGCUGUCACCGCCUGGCCGUGCACGGCCGGGACGAGGAGCGCGGCUGGGCCACCUUCGCCCUGUGGCACCGCUACCGCAGCAACGGUGCGUGUGCGAGCGCGGGGCAUCCGCACCUGCCUUCACUCCAUUGCGGGCUCUCCUGAAAUAAUCCCCC